UGUGUAAAGAAGCGUGUAAAGAGUCCUGAGUCAUCGGAUCAUCUGAUCACCUACCCAGCUACCCGUGCACUGCAUGCGCCGUCUGUUUACAUCGUUCCGCACAUCUACUGCUGGGGGGUGCCAAAAUUUUCGGCAGAAGCGCCUUGCCGUGCCGCUAUGGAUGACGACGGUGUCCUCACAACGCUCAAAAUCCUCAUCAUCGGUGAAAGCAACGUUGGCAAAUCGAGUUUAUUACUACGAUUCACAGACGACGUUUUCGACCCCAGCUUAGCAGCCACAAUAGGGGUAGACUUCAAGGUGAAAACAGUAACUGUUGAUGGGAACAAAGCAAAGCUGGCCAUAUGGGACACCGCUGGUUCGGAAAGGUUUCGCACAUUGACGCCAAGCUAUUAUAGAGGAGCUCAGGGAGCCAUCUUGGUGUACGACGUCUCCAACCACAACACGUUUCUGAAGCUGGACCACUGGCUUGCGGAGCUGGAGACAUACUGCACCCGGUCCAAUGUGGUCAAGAUGUUAGUGGGAAACAAGAUUGACAGACACGAGAGCAGGGUGGUGUCCAAGGAGCAGGGCAUGAACUAUGCCCGGAAGCAUUCCAUGCUCUUCAUUGAAGCCAGUGCCAAGACCAAGGACGGGGUCCAGUGUGCCUUCGAGGAGCUCGUCGAGAAGAUCAUCCAGACGCCAGGGCUCUGGGAAAACCUGCGGCCGGACAGUAUCCGCCUGGGCGAACGGGGUCCCAAGUCUGGCAGCUGGUGCUACUGCUGACCGGGUGUGGUGCCCUCGUGACAGCGCGGACACUGUUCGACAACGGGUGUAGAUAUUUAUGCGGGGCCCAGCAGCACCGCUGCGCCAGAGGGCCCAGUGUGGACUGUCGUGGACGACUGGCGCGGGCACAGGCUUUUUAAACAUCGACGAAAGUUGAAAAGGAGUUCCUCCACCACGUUUGGUUGUUUCGUUUACACUUAUUUACUCUUGCUUGCUGGGGAUCACCAAAGAACAGGGGUGGGAGGGGAUGGGGAUGUUGACAAUAUUGACGCUUUUUUGUUUUGUUCUUUUUGCAUAAUAAUUAAUAAAGUUUGAAGGUGAUUUUUAUGCUGCAGAGCUCGCUCCCACGUGCUUCAAGCCGCGAUCCGCCUGCUUUGUGAUGGACGUCACCAAAUGUCUGCGCUCCUGUACGAUAACUGUACAAAUGGAAGUAGAUUUUUAUUGUUGAUAGUCGAAAAUAAACCUUCAAUUCCGAAUGUU